GGUUGGAGCAGGGCGGGUUAGGGUCGGACGCGGGUCAGGAAAACCCUGACCCGCACAUCACUACUGUACACCUGGAGUUGUACGAAAAUCAAACUCAAGAAUAAAAACCCAAAAUGAUCAGAACACAAAUCCUGCUGCCUUAACUUUGUAUAUUUGUCUAUCAGUAUCAUGUUGCUCUAAAAAGGGAAAAGCUGAUUAGAAAUGUGAUUUUUAUUUUAAUAUUUAUGUUCUCUUGCUUUUAGUUAAGCCCAGGAGAUCAGUGAUGGAUUUCCCCGCACUCAUCUUCUUGUCCUCCCUUGUUUCUGUUGAAGUCUUAGCCCAAAGGACCUUCCAGGAGUUAGGAAGCCCUUUGUGUGUGAGAUGCUGUGGAGAUUCAGAGAAACCUGUUCCCAACCCUACGAAGAGCAGGGUGAAGCAAUAUAUCCUCUACCCAGCACCAAAAUUCCAACCGCAGAUAGAUAUGACCAUCUUGAAAGGUGAAAAAGGUGAAAAUGGUGGAGAAGGACACACAGGGGUUUCAGGAAAAGAUGGUGAUCCUGGACCACAAGGACCUUCAGGAGAAAAAGGCCAAAAGGGUCAAAGAGGUCCAUCAGGAAAUUCCUGCAAGAACCAAUAUGCUGCAUUUUCCGUGGCUCGUCGGAAAUCCCUUCACAGCACUGAAUAUUACCAGCCUGUAGUAUUUGACACAGUGUUUGUGAACUUGUUUGAGCACUUUAACAUGUUCUCAGGGAUUUUUUUCUGCUACGUUCCUGGGAUUUACUUCUUUAACCUGAACGUACACACAUGGAACCUCAAGGAGACCUAUUUGCACAUUAUGAAGAACAGCCAGGAGGUGGCCAUCUUGUAUGCUCAGCCCAGUGACCGUAGCCUUAUGCAGAGCCAAAGCAUCAUGUUAGACUUGCAAGACCAAGACGAGGUGUGGGUGCGAAUGUUUAAACGGGAAAGAGAGAAUGCCAUAUAUAAUGAUGACACUGAUGUCUACAUCAUCUUCAAUGGAUACCUGAUACGACCAGAUACAGAAUAAACAGCAAAAUUCAUACGGGAAAUGUAGGCAGAACAGAGUUACCAUUCCAUUACUUUCCUUAAUAGGUCCAAGUUCAUUGUGCAAAAACAUUGCUUUUCUACAUAUUUUUUUACAUAUAUUUCUUGUCUUGGCAGAUUCUUGAAAGAGGGGAAAGUGCAAUAGGAUCAUCCAUUUCUGAUCACUAGAUGCAAUACUAUUCUUGUCUACUAAGGCUAGUUAACUGCCUUCUAUUUGUUUAGAAGUAUAGUAAAGGAAACUCAGUUUAUCUUGAUGCAAAUAACAUGAAUUACACAUGGAAGUAAGCUUGAUAAUGAGCGCAGAUGUUCAUUUUGGUGAUAGUCCAGUGUAUCACUUUGGGAUUGCUCUGCUAUACCCUCACAUGGUGCUCACCAACCAACUAAUCUUCUGCCAUCUUCUCUCCUGUUCUUCUACCAUGUUUUUUUUUUUUAGCCCAUGUAUUCACUCUUGAGUUCUAUGUCAAGUCUUCUUUCAUACUUAGUGCCUUUUUGUUACUUUCUAUUUCCUUCUCAAGAGACAGUUCCCACGUUAUUUCUACACUUUGUUCUCCCUGGGGGUCUCCCUAUACUAUCAACAACUUCUUUUCUAUAAUUUGUGUUGUUUUCUCUUAUUCUUUCCCCUUAUUUCUUUUGCUCUCUCAUAGGGGCAAAUUCACUAAGCGCCGAAGCG